UCUCUAUAUAUACUACACUCCUUUGCCAUUCCUUCACUCCAUUCAUUCAUUUCAUACGACUUUCAUAUCACAAAAGCAAGUAAAUCAUACAGAAGCUUUAUCGAUCAAACAACUACUAGCUAGCUAGCUCAAUAUGAUGAUGAGUAGCAUUGUGAAGAAGCUCUUGUUCUGUGGAGCGAAGGGGUUUCCCUCCAUCUCGGACGACUCUCGAAUACAAGCCGGUCACGUCCGUGUGUGUGUUGGAAGAGACAUUGAUCUGAUGUGCAAGUUUGAGAUGGAUGCCAAUUACCUAAACCAUCCACUCUUCCAGAGUCUAUUGGAGCUCUCGGCCGAGCAAGAGUUCGGUUAUUCCUACGAUGGAGCCCUAAGGAUAGCCUGCGACGUCGAUCUCUUCCACUAUCUUCUUCAUCUUCUUGAAACCAGCAACCCCUCCGCCCAUUACAUGGAGCUUUCCGAUCUCAUUUCCAAGUUCUACACUAGCGCUAUCUACAACUAACAGCUUGGUGGUGCUGCCGCCUAGCUGACAUUCUAAGCCUCUGGAUUUUUGACUGAGGAUUGAUAUAUAAUGUAAUGUAGAUAGGCAUUCUUUCUUAUACAUUGAUUCUUUUGUAAUAUUAUACUUCCAUCUUCGAAAAUUGAAGAGUAAAUGUAUACAUCAAAUUUUAGUGAUACAAAAGUUACGCCAGCAAUUAGUUGGUUUGUGAGC